UACCCAAAGGAUAAAGAAAGGGCCCCUGUUGUUUCAACAAUGGGGGAAAGACGGGGACAAUGGGAAAUUGUGCUGCCGAUGGGGUGGGGACAGAGAAGGAAAGGACAGACAGAUAGACAGAUGGGGGGCUGGACAGAAGGGGUCAGGUUUCUGGAAGCAGCUGGUUCCCACCUUGAGAGCCUCUUCCCAUAGGCGAUGCGCACCCAGGCACCGGAGGGCAGAGCAGGACAAAAAGCUGCCAGGCACUGCUCCCUCCAUCGCUGUGAAGAGACCAGCUUUUAACAGACCCAGCUAGGCUGACUCCCCAUCAUGCAAGGUUGGCUCAAUCUCCCCACACUCUGUCACUUCCUUCUCCUGUGGGCCUCCACCACCUUCCACAGAGCUCUCGGGGACCCAGCAUCCUACCGGGGCCCCCACUACCUCCUGCCCCCCAUCCACGAGGUCAUUCACUCUCGUCGUGGCGCCACGACCACGCUGCCCUGCAUCCUGGGCACCCUGCCUCCCAGCUACAAGGUGCGCUGGAGCAAAGUGGAGCCAGGGGAGCUCCGGGAAACCUCGAUCCUCAUCACCAACGGACUGCAUGCCCGGAGCUACGGGGCUCUGGAGGGCCGAGCCAGGAUGCGGAGGGGGCAUCGGCUGGACGCCUCUCUGGUCAUUGCGGGCGUGCGCCUGGAGGACGAGGGCCGGUACCGCUGUGAGCUCAUCAACGGCAUCGAGGACGAGAGCGUGGCGCUGACCCUGCGCCUGGAGGGUGUGGUGUUUCCGUACCAGCCCAGCCGGGGCAGGUACCAGUUCAAUUACUACGAGGCGAAGCAGGCAUGCGAGGAGCAGGGCGGACGCCUGGCCACCUACGCGCAGCUGUACCAGGCAUGGACCGAGGGGCUGGACUGGUGCAACGCGGGCUGGCUGCUCGAGGGAUCCGUGCACUACCCUGUGCUUACCGCGCGUGCUCCGUGCGGCGGCCACGGUCGGCCGGGGAUCCGCAGCUACGGGCCCCGCGACCGGAAGCGCGACCGCUACGACGCCUUCUGUUUCACCUCCACGCAGGCAGGCCACGUGUUCUUCGUGCCCGGGCGGCUGACCCUGUCCGAAGCCCAGGCGGCAUGCCGGCGGCGCGGGGCCGUGGUGGCGAAGGUCGGGCACCUGUACGCGGCCUGGAAGUUCUCGGGGCUGGACCAAUGCGACGGCGGGUGGCUGGCGGACGGCAGCGUGCGCUUCCCCAUCACCACGCCUCGGCCGCGCUGCGGGGGCCUCCCUGAUCCCGGCGUGCGCAGCUUCGGCUUCCCGCAGCCCCAGCGGGCCAGCUACGGGACCUACUGCUACUCCGAGUAGGGCCACCGCGCCCCUUCCGCACGCGGACAGCGCCUGGGAGUCGUGGCGGGGUCUCUUGCUGCCCUUUCCCUCCAGCCUCUCCUCCCGCCAGAUGAAGAGCAGCCCCUCCCGACCCGCCUUCCCGGGCCUCCUGACGGGUCGGGUCGGGUGUCCGGAGGGGAGGUGGUGGCGCCCCGGUGACGGUGACGGUGACGGGGUGUAGCUACGACCCCGGACCUGCGGAUCAAGGCCCCGUGGCGGUUCUCGUGCCCCCAGCACACAACUCAGCCACUGCUAGGGGGUGGGAAGGGGGCGCCCAGGGGACAUGAACUGACCUCUGUAUACGGCAGUAAAAUAACGGGAAGUUUUUGUGUUGGACGAAGCUGUAGGCGCAGCGAGGAGUCGGGGGUGAGGGGGAUGAGCUCGAUAAAGCGUGCUGACUGCGCUCUUGAAGGGCUGCUGCCGCUUCGGGGUGAGCCUGUGGGAGGGUGGCGAGGAGGGAGAGCUGCAGGCACCGAGCCCGGUACAGACGCGGAGAACCCAGGGUGUUCGCCGAGCACCACCAGGGGGCGCCACAAAUUCACCUAAGAUUCCUUCCAAUCCGCCGGAAGCGUUCCAACCCCUAGUCCUACACCCCACCACCGAACAAAUAAAAAGACCUAAAAAUA